CCCUGUCAUCUUGGGAAUGGUGGAGGUGCCUUAUUCUAGAACUCUCUUCUCUGGAUGAGAACAAAGCUCUGAGCCCUGGAGUCCCCUAUUCAGGUUCUAAGCUUCAUUCUCCAAACAUAACUCCUUCUCCAACUCAACCCACUGCUUCUAUCAAACCCAUUUUGCUGCUUUCCUUCCUCUCUCCUUCUGCAGCAUCAGCCAUAAGAGGAUUCUGACAUGGCUGUGAAGUUCAUCCUUUUCUUUGUUCUCUUUGCUGAUACAUUUUCCUCUAAUAACAAAGCUGAACAGAAAGACGAUCCUGCCCCUUUCUUGGUAUACUUCAAGUCCCCUAUCAACCCCUGUGUGGGAGUCCUUAUUCAUCAACAGUGGGUGUUGGCAGCUUCUCACUGCUAUUUAUCAAAUCUCAUAUUGGUGUUGGGGAAUUUUAAGAUCGGGAUGAGGGACAGAACCGAGCAGAUUUUUAGCCCAACAGAAGUUAUUCGCUAUUGGAAUGAAAGCGAUAAAUAUCAAGAGCAUGACAUCAUGCUGCUCAAACUACCCAAGCCUGUAACCCUCAGCCGCAAGGUCCAGCCCAUAGCCUUGCCCACUCGAAACUUCCCCACAGGUACCAAGUGCACAGUCUCUGGCUUGGACUGGAGCAUGGACAAUACUGGCAAGCACCCAGAUCUACGGCAGAACAUAGAAGCACCUCUGAUCUCUGAAAAGGAAUGCAAGCAAACCAAACAAGGAAGAAUUAUCAAGCAUGGAAUAUGUGUCAAGUUUUUAAAGACACUCACCAGACUCUUUGUGGAGCUUGCCGUUGCUACUGUCAUAUGCCAAGACACAAUUCAAGGGAUAGAAGUAGGGCAUUUCCUAGGAGAGAAUAUUGGUGUUUACACCAAUAUUUACUACUAUGUCCCUUGGAUACAGAACAUCAUAUCUACAAGAUAAAUUCUGUCUCUCUGUUCGCCACCCCAAAGACAGGAUUGUAUUAAAAAAUAAUAGAUCCAAA